GCCCGCUGGAAGCGCGCGGUCCACCUGCAUCCCAGCCGCAGCAUCCGCCCUGGACGUGCUGUAUUUGUUUACAUCGCGAAAAAACGCACAAAUUGGGACGUGCGUUGCUGCCCCGACGUGCCAGUGAUGAGGAUCUAGCUCACAGAGAUGGCGGGCCACGCUGCGCGUCGCAUGGCGACGCUCAAGCGGAGGUUAAAGCUCUGCGGGCGCCUCACGCUCCUCCUGGUCGUCUUCUCCGUCGCCCGGCCCCCCAACGUGGACGGGCUGAAGCAGAUUGAAGCGAAUCCCGACGCCAAACGGCUCUACGACGAUCUCCUCAGUCACUACAACAGACUCAUCCGACCAGUGAUUAACAACACGGAAACGCUUACUGUCCACCUGGGCCUUCGACUGACGCAGCUCAUUGAAGUGAACAUGAAGAAUCAAGUCAUGACUACCAACUUAUGGGUGGAGCAGAAAUGGGUCGACUACAAGUUGCGGUGGAGCCCCGAGCACUACGGCGGCGUGGAGGAGCUGUACGUUCCGUCCGAACACAUCUGGCUGCCCGACAUCGUGCUGUACAACAACGCUGACGGCAACUACGAGGUCACCCUGAUGACCAGGGCCACCGUCAAGUACACUGGCGAGGUUUACUGGAAGCCACCCGCCAUUUACAAGUCGUCCUGCAAGAUCAACGUGCUGUACUUCCCCUUCGACGAGCAGAGCUGUGACAUGAAGUUUGGGUCGUGGACGUACAACGGAUUCCAGGUGGACCUGAAGCACAUCGACCAGGACACGGGCAGCAACCUGGUGCACCACGGCAUCAACCUCAAGGAGUUCUACCUGUCGGUGGAGUGGGACAUCCUGGACGCCCCAGCCAGACGCAACGAGGAGUACGAACCGUCGACGUGCUGCGCCAACAACGACACCACGUGCUGCGUGCCUUUCUCGGACAUUACAUUCAACCUGACGAUGCGCCGCAAGACGCUGUUCUACACCAUCAACCUGAUAGUCCCCUGCGUCGGCAUCACCUUCCUCACCGUCCUCGUCUUCUACCUGCCAUCCGCCUCCGGUGAAAAGGUGUCACUCUGCAUCUCCAUCCUGCUGUCACUCACCGUGUUCUUCUUGCUGCUGGCGGAGAUCAUCCCGCCCACCUCUCUGGCCGUGCCGCUCCUCGGCAAGUACCUGCUCUUCACCAUGAUCCUCGUCACGCUGUCCAUCUUCGUCACCGUCUGCGUGCUCAACGUGCACUUCCGGUCGCCGUCGACGCACCGCAUGUCGCCGUGGGUGCAGCGCGUCUUCCUGGACAUCAUGCCCCGCUUCCUGCUGAUGCGCCGGCCGCCCUACUCGUCCAGGGAGCCCUUCAUCGAGGACCAGUACCCGGACAACGGCUACACCAACGAGAUGGACUGCUUCCGGGACAGCGUGAGCGACCCUUUCUCGCCCGACUUCAAAUCCUCCGGCUUCGAGUCGGGUACUGGCUUACUGCAGCAGCAGCAGCACUCCGCUGGCUACAGCCCCGUCCUGGACAGAGGCUGUGGCGCCGGCGUGGGCGACGCCUGGGAUCACCACCCCGACCUCAGCCCCUUCACAGUGACCGACUCGGACAACAUCAUCCCCCGCACCAUGUCGCCGGACGUCCUGUCCGCGCUGCAAGGGGUCUGCUUCAUCGCGCAGCACAUCAAGGACGCCGACAAGGAUAACGAGGUGGUUGAGGACUGGAAGUACAUCUCCAUGGUGCUGGACCGUCUGUUCCUCAUCAUCUUCACCAUGGCCUGCGUCGGCGGCACGGCCGGCAUCAUCUUCCAGGCGCCGUCCCUCUACGACACGCGCAUCCCCAUCGACCAGAUCCAGUCCAGCAUCCCGCUGAGGAAGCACUACUUCCAGGUGCCGGAGGACGCCCCCAGGCCGCCCACCAUCAUGUCGGAGUAGGCGGCUAUGUCGAGGUGGCCAACACCAUUUCAAGGUGACCACCACCGUCAAGGUGGCCAACACCAUUUCAAGGUGGCCACCACCAUGUCAAGGUAGCCACCAUGUGUGCACUGAGUUCGUUCGGGUCUGCUGUCGAAGUGCCCAGCAUUACUGCGGCAAAGACGAGCAGACAAAAAGACUGACUGGAUGGUCAGGCCGACUGACCGUGGAUUGAAAACUGGGAUGACAACGUCCUGGAGAUUCAUGUUCGAUGUUCGUUGAAAAGAAAAACAUGUUCCUGUGCAUGCUGGGACUUACUAGGUGAACCGUUGAGGGGGAAUGGGUGAGAGCUUGAAAGAACAAGGCGUUCGGCGGCGAAGUCGCAUGGUUACUACUUGCGACGACGCUGUAGAGACACAAGAGAGAGACGCAGAGGAAAUAAGAGGAAGUUGGUGAUGGCUGGCCCAUCAUCUCGUUAGGGUGCAUGUGACACGCGCUCCGAGGCGGAAUCCGCAGAUAACACACCGUGGUGGGCAAGUGGGUUCAGCAGCGCCGCCCCACAGUGGGCCACACGCUAAGACUUUUUUCGAAAAGUUCUUUCGUAUUCACGACGGAAAUCGCCCCCUUCGACGGAAAACUGCAACGCCACGUCGAAGUUCGAAAGCAAUUCCGUCGAAGCUUCGUCGUAGAUCGAAGCAUAGCUCCCCACCAGUGCAGACACGUCGAGCUUCGACGAGCGUCGACCUUCGACGAGCGUCGACCUUCGAAAGUGGCGGACUUUCGCAGGACAGCGCCUGGAGUGAAUUUUUAAACUUAACCAAACACACAUUACUUUAUAGAUUUGGAUUCGUCUCAAGAAGACAAACAAAAAGUGUCAACACAUGUUAUGGGUUAAAAUGAAAAAUGAAAGAGUUAUUAAACUUCAAAUGUCUUUUUGACCAUUUUAGCACUCUAAAAAUCCAAUAACUCUUUUAUUUUCAACUUUAACCCAUAACAUGUAUUGGCAUUUUUUGUUUGUUUUCUUGAGACAAAUCUAAAUCUGUAAGGUGAUGCCUAUUUGAUUGAGUUUGAAAAUUGACUGAACUCAGCGAAGUUACAACGAAGCCUACAAAGCUGAAAAUUGAAUCCUCAUCUUGUCAGAAUAUCUACCGUAGAAACAAAUUAUUUCACUUAAUUCCUAGUAGGUAAGGAGAAAAUGCAAGUGGAGAAAGGAUACAAUUCAACUUGACACCUUUUACAGUCUCAAUUUAGCGCAAAAUAGAAUCAACUCAACCAAAGCCAACAUGACUGCGUUGAAUAUAUUGUCGAUAGGAGAUAACUCAACUUGUGUUUUUAUGAACCUAUUGUGAAAAGAAUCAAGUCAACUUAAGCCCCCUUCAUUUUAACAACUUAAAUGGAAAAAAGAUCCAAGUCUAAAAAUUACAUCCGAGUAACAAACACUUUAUGCUGAGUUCCAGUUGACGGGUCUAUUCCACUUCAUUUAAAAAAUAUAGGUUGAGAUGACUAUGUUUUCCAUUUUAGCGGAAAGUGAUAAGUCACAAAAAUCCUCUGCGGAGUGACCUGACAGCAGAUUAGUCCAAUCGUGACCAUUUUAAUGUAAUUUGGGUAUCGUACAGUAUAAGCAUAUGAGAUAUUUUCCUAGGAGAACCACCUUUUUUCUUUGGAUUUCACUUCAUGUUGUAGCACUUUGUUUGAUUGACUACUUUUACGCCAACAAACUUCUUUCAAGAUCUGAGGCAAAUGAAAAACCGCAUUAUUCAUCAAAAUGCAAAAGUUUUUAUUUAUCGAGCUCAUUUUUGUUUUCACAACACUAUCACUUCGGACUUUUCAAAGCUUUCCCAAGAGCUAAUCUUACUUAUUUAGAAACGCAAUUGCAGCCUUUGGAAACCGUAAGCCUUCCUCCCUUUUUUGCAUGAAAAAGAUUCAAUACCUAGAAUAGGUACAUCUUGGCCAAAUGCUCAGAAGCUUGAAAAUCCGAAAGUUGUCCGAAUUGACAUCACUUUACAAAAAUAGGUAGGCGUUGACAAGACAAAUAUAAAAUGUUUACUCAUGUCAUAGAUUUGGAUGAGAAAUGGAAUUUUUUAAGUGACAAAUGGUUCUUUUUGGCCAUUUUAGUACUUUAAAAUUCAAAAACUUUUUCAUUGUGCAUCCAAACCUAUGAAAUGUGUUGACCUUUUUAGUUUGUCUUGUUGAAACAAAUCCGUUUCUGUAAUGCAAAGUCAAUUUUAACAGUUUUGAAAAUACACUGAUCCUUCGUCGCCGCUGGCUGGCUCGUUCGUCACGCCAGCGCCUAUAGUUCCAAAAUGUGACGCAAGGAGCGCCACUGCUCGUCGAUCAACGACGUGCUACACGUCGUAGAUCGACGGAUAUGUUGACAUGUCGUAUCUUCGACGGAAUUCCGUCGUGGUUUUGAAAAAAGUCUUAGCGUGCAGACGCGUGGUAGAGCCCAGCUCAGUCCUCCUGGGCGCACUCUGACCAGAACCCCUGCACUGAGAACAUGGUGCAAUCAUGAUUCCACAUAUUGUUAAAAACCCUUAAAGAU